GACGGGCAAGUCCGGGUUGAUCACUUGACGUUUACAGUUAGUUUUGCUUCCUGAAAACGAGUGAUAUAAAAGUUGGCCUGUGCCCGUGAGACACACCACAUUAUCAGCCGUCCUCGAGUAUCCAGGAUCUCCACGAUGUCUUCGGUCCCAGUAGCCACUACGAAACUGCUGCUAUGUGCACUUCUGUCUGGGUUUUGUAUUGCCUAUCCCGUCAGCGUGGAUAUCGAAGGGCCAUAUGUAACAGGGCCACCAUGUAUGAGCGCACCUCUAGGAAUGGAGAAUGGUGCUAUUCCUGACGCUAAGAUUACUGCAUCGAGCUACGCUAGCUCCUCAUACUACCCAAGAUACGCUCGACUUAAUGAUAACAACAAAUUUUGGCGUCCCAGUCCAACCACAAACUCAUGGAUUCAAGUUGACUUGGGAGUACCAAGUCCAGCGCUAACUGGAGUCAUUGUACAGGGGACUACAAGUUACUAUGUUAAAACCUUCAGUGUGCAGUAUAGUCAAACUGGAUCUUCGGGGAGCUGGAAAGAUUUCGACGAUGAGGGUGGAAAUACCUUAGUGUUCAAUGGUAACGACAACUCUGGUCGACAAGCGACUGUUAGCUUUCCUGUGACGCUGAGGGCACGAUUUUUGCGGCUUUUACCAAUAACGUGGCAGGGCGGUUUAGUAUUCCUGGACUUCGAAGUGUUUGGGUGUCGAGAUGGUAUCGUUCGAUUAGUGGGAGGUGAUGACGAACUUAGUGGUCGAGUCGAGAUUUAUCAUGACGAUGGUUGGGGUGCAGUUUGUGAUACCAACUGGGACUUCAAUGAUGCGACUACUGUAUGCAGACAGCUUGGCUAUAUUGAAGCUAGCGAAGCAAAGAACGGUUCGUUCUUCGGAGGGACUCAACUUCCAACAGUGAUGGAUCGCGUUGCUUGCAGAGGGACGGAACCUUACAUAUCCGAAUGUUCAUUUGUAUGUGACGGGUUUCAGCCGUGUAACAGCACAGCGGGAGUUGUCUGUAAACCAAAUACCAUUCGACUAGCGGGUGAAUCGAAUGAUACCGCAAGUGGACGUGUGGAGAUUUACAAGGACGGCUACUGGGGUGCAAUCUGUGACAACGACUGGGACAUCACUGAUGCUGGGGUGGCGUGCAGGCAACUAGGCUUUGCCGGGGCAGAGGAGGCCAAGUCCGGUGGCUACUUUAGCCAUGGGAGCGGUCCCAUCAGAUACAUGCAUGGGCUGAUGUGUGAUGGUUCUGAGGCCAAGAUCACUGACUGCCCAUCGCGAUGCUGGGAUGAGCCGACGUGUAACAGCACAGAAACUGCUGGAGUCGUCUGUCUUCAAGGAACUGCAAGACCCCAGAUUGGACAAGACUUGUUCCCUCUGCAGUAGCUCCCUAACACGGAGCUUAUAUUCUUUCCAGCGCACUCAGUCUAUAGCCUAAACUUAGAGGAACAUUUCAGAAUUGUUUUUGCUAACAAGGCACUUCGCUCGUCCCCAGCGCCAAAGGCGCUGGGAUGGGCAAACGCAUCAU